UGCAGUCGGCUUUGGCGGCCGAGUGCACCCGGGUUUUAGCGUGGAGGUGGAGGGCGUGGCGUGGAGGUGGAGGCCUGAGAGCGCCUAACGCUGACCUGGGGAAGUAACCUUGGCCUUCUUGCCGCGGCUGCGCUGGGCUGUGGCGGGGCCGCCGGAAAGGCUUCCUGCCUUACACGGAAGCAGAUAGAGCGAACUUCACAGAAUGAGACCUGUGCAUUUGCCUUAGAAAUGCCACGUAGACUCUCUGUCCGCACCGUACAGUAAUCCUCGGUCAGCCCGAAGGAGGUCUCCUGCAGGGUGGGUUGGCUUCGAGGCUUUCAUUGUCCAAGUCUCUUAAAACCUACUGAGCUACUGAGCUACUUAGCAGUGGACUAUCCGAGGGUCCCCAUAGCUUAAAAAUCAAAGUCCAAGCGAGGGUUGCAUUUCUUUGUGGCCUUUAGCAUAUGACCCAAGCACACCUGGGGUAUUUAUUAGACCCUUCCGUUGUUUACAGGACACUUGCUGUCUCUUGUGGUCUGUUUCAGGAAUGUGUUUCUGGUGCUCUAAAUUUCAGCCAUGUUGUCAAACUGCUUGCAAGAGUUUCUAAAAGGCACACGCUCCCAUCCAUUUCCAGCGUCAUGCUGUUGGUUAAUAUGCAAACGCAAGUUUUCUGGAACUAUGCCAGCAGCCAUGUUGCGCAGGCGAGUUGUCAUCACGGGCAUUGGACUGGUGACGCCACUUGGAGUUGGGACUCAAGUAGUUUGGGAUAGGCUUCUCCGAGGAGAAAGUGGAAUUGUUUCUGUAGUUGGUAAUGAGUACAAGAGUAUUCCUUGCAGUGUAGCUGCGUAUGUGCCAAGAGGUUCUGAUAACGGUCAGUUUAAUGAACAAAACUUCGUGUCCAAAUCAGACGCCAAGUCCAUGUCGUCUCCCACCAUCAUGGCCAUCGGAGCGGCAGAGUUAGCCCUGAAAGACUCCGGCUGGCAUCCGAAGUUAGAAGCAGAUCAGGUGGCUACUGGCGUUGCCAUUGGCAUGGGCAUGGUUCCUCUUGAAGUUAUUUCUGAAACUGCUUUGAUGUUUCAGACCAAAGGCUAUAAUAAAGUCAGCCCAUUCUUUGUCCCUAAGAUUCUGGUUAAUAUGGCUGCAGGGCAGGUCAGCAUUCGUUAUAAACUCAAGGGCCCUAAUCACACAGUGUCCACAGCCUGCACAACAGGUGCACAUGCUGUGGGAGACUCCUUCAGAUUUAUAGCCCAUGGUGAUGCAGAUGUGAUGGUAGCUGGAGGCACAGAUUCUUGCAUUAGUCCAUUAUCUCUUGCUGGGUUUUCCAGAGCCCGGGCUCUGAGCACAAACCCAGAUCCUAAACUGGCUUGCCGCCCAUUUCAUCCAAAGAGAGAUGGUUUUGUCAUGGGUGAAGGUGCCGCUGUGCUGGUGUUGGAAGAGCAUGAGCAUGCUGUUCAGAGAGGAGCCCGGAUCUACGCAGAAGUUUUGGGUUAUGGACUCUCAGGUGAUGCUGAUCACAUAACUGCCCCUAAUCCUGAAGGAGAAGGUGCCUUAAGAUGUAUGGCUGCUGCUAUAAAAGACGCAGGUGUAUUACCUGAACAGAUAUCUUAUGUUAAUGCACACGCCACCUCCACGCCUCUGGGUGAUGCCGCUGAGAACAGAGCCAUCAAGAGGCUCUUCAAAGACCAUGCCUGUGCCCUUGCUGUAUCCUCCACAAAGGGAGCCACUGGGCACCUGCUGGGGGCAGCAGGGGCAGUUGAGGCAGCUUUUACCGCACUGGCUUGCUACCAUCAAAAACUACCACCAACUUUAAACCUGGACUGUACAGAGCCAGAAUUUGAUCUCAAUUACGUCCCACUGGAAGCACAGGAAUGGAAAACUGAGGGUCGAUGUAUUGGACUCACCAAUUCCUUUGGGUUUGGUGGUACUAAUGCAACACUUUGUAUUGCUGGCAUAUAAACACUGGCUUUUAAUUGUCAUAA